UAUAAAAUACGUUUGAAAGGAUCAUUAAGAAGUGGGAAGAAAAGAAAUCCAUUUGCCCCUCCACCACAGUGGUUUACAGAAGUGUCGUAUCCAUUGUUCCAAGUGCCUGGACCACGUGAAAGAAAGAAGAAUGAAGGUGGAAGGCCAGGCUAUUAUGAUGAAGGAUUUUUAACAAUUCAGCAUGCUGUAGAUAUGGCUGUUACUGAGUACAUCAGUGGAAAAGAUCCAAGUGCAUCAAUAUCUGUUGAAAUGCAGAGGAUGCCGUAUCCAAAAUACAUAGAUGACAAGUAUCUUGUGGCUCUGCAGUCAUGGCUGCCUUUUGUUCUCCUUAUUUCAUACAUCUAUCCUGCAAUCAACAUUGUUAAGAGUGUUGUUUAUGAAAAAGAGAAGAAGUUAAAGGAAUCUAUGAAGAUGAUGGGGUUGCAGAACUGGAUGCAUUGGAUGGCAUGGUUUAUCAAGUCAUUCCUUUUCCUAAGCACAACAACCCUUUUAAUAACAAUUUUACUUUGCACAAGAUGGCAAGGGGAAGGGAGCUUAGCAGUGCUGAACAACAGUGAUCCAACGUUGGUAUUCAUCUUUUUGCUGCUCUACACAAUUUGCUCCAUCAGUUUCUGCUUCUUCAUUUCUACUCUUUUCUCAAAAGCUAACAGUGCUGCAACAGCAACUGGUUUACUGUGGUUUUUCACAUACUUCCCAUACAUGAUUCUUCGGCCUCGCUAUUCUUCUUUGACAAAUGGGAACAAAAUUGUUUUGUGCCUCCUCUCAAACACUGCCAUGAGCCUGGGAUGCCAGAUGACAUCCAUGUUUGAAGGCGCAGGAUCUGGCAUACAUUGGAACCUUCUGUAUUCUGGAGUAUCACCGGAUGACUCCUUUACACUGGGCCAUGUGUUUGGAAUGCUUAUUAUCAACACAAUUAUCUUUGCCCUCCUGACUUGGUAUAUUGAAGCAGUUUGGCCAGGGCAGUUUGGUAUGCCACAACCAUGGUAUUUCCCAUUUAUGAAAUCCUACUGGCUUGGACAACCUGCUGAAGUUAAAAAAGUCAACCAAGAAGAGCUCCUUACAGAUCCCAGCCUGUUUGAGGAAGAUCCCAAGGGAAUAAAAGCUGGUGUGAAAAUUUUAGGCCUAACAAAGAUUUUUCCUCGUGGUCAGAAAAUUGCUGUAAACAAAAUGUUUUUGAAAAUGUACAGUGGUCAGAUUACUGUGUUACUUGGGCAUAAUGGAGCAGGCAAAACAACCACAAUGUCCAUGCUGACUGGUCUCUUUCCACCUACAUCGGGCACAGCUGAAGUUGGGGGAUAUGAUAUUGUCACUCAAAUUGGAGCGGUCAGGAGAUCCCUUGGAUUAUGCCCGCAACAUGAUGUGCUUUUUGAUGAACUGACAGUGUCUGAACACAUUGUCUUUUUUAGCAGGCUAAAAGGAUUGUCCAGUGUGAAGGCUAAAGAGGAAGUGUCCAGCAUGGUUGAGAAACUGAAACUUCAAGACAAAAGGAAUGCAAUG